UUCAGCGCAGUGUAUAAAUAUCAAGCUCUGUGAAGCAGUAAUACAUUCGGUUACGAAGCCAACUCUGAACCCAUAAUGGGAAAGAUCAUCUUUUACGAGGACAGGAACUUCCAGGGACGGCACUAUGAGUGCAGCAGUGACUGUGCCGACCUGUCCCCUUACUUCAGCCGCUGUAACUCCAUCCGUGUUGACAGUGACUGGUGGGUGCUGUAUGAGAAACCCAAUUACAUGGGAUACCAGUAUGUUCUGACCAGGGGGGAGUAUCCUGACUACCAGCGCUGGAUGGGAUUCAAUGACAACAUUUGGUCAUGUCGCACUUACCCAUACUACCGAGGAGAUUCCUACAGAAUGAAAAUUUAUGAGAGGCCUGACUUUGGAGGACAGAUGAUGGAAUUCAUGGAUGACUGUCCAUCUGUCUACGACCGUUUCCGUUACCGUGACAUCCACUCCUGUCACGUGAUGGACGGUUACUGGAUCUUCUAUGAACACCCCAACUACAAAGGGCAACAGUACUUCAUGAGACCCAGUGAAUGCAGGAGAUACAGUGACUGGGGAGGCUACAGCUCAACUAUCGGAUCUUUCAGGCGAAUGAAGGACUUUUAGUCUGCAACUAUAAUGCAUUACUUUAUUUUGUUGAAUUAUUUGUCAACAUAAUAAAAUAUGCUUUAUGACCCUG